UAUCCGGACCGAACGCAAACUUCAACCGGUUCACCAGGUGGAACUCUGUCGGUUUAUUUAAGCCGCCGUUGGGCGUCCUGACUCGGUUUUUGGAUACUCACAUCGAUCUCUCUGUCUCGCCCCACCAGCGGCUCUGUCUCAUCAAUACGUAAAUCGGGAAUUGUUAUGCCCUAUUUGUGAGUUGUGACUGUUGUUGCAACUAUGGCUUCGGGUUUCGACCUUGUUCCUAUUACCCCGCAAAAGACGGACCCAGCAUGGAAGCAUUGUCAGAUGUUCAAGAACGGGGACAAGGUACAUCUCAAGUGCCUGUACUGUGCGAAGCUCUUCAAGGGUGGCGGCAUUCAUAGGAUAAAGGAACACCUUGCGGGCCACAAGGGCAAUGCCUCAACUUGCUUUCGGGUCCCACCGGAUGUCCGCGAAUUAAUGCAACAGAGUUUGGAUGGGGCUGCCACCAAGAGGAGGAGGAAACAGAAGAUAGAUGAGGUGAUCUCUAAUAUCCCCCAGCCUAGUAAUGACGUGGACCAGUUUGCUAGUCAAGGGGACUUGAGUGCUGAGGUAGAGCUGGUUCCGGUUCACAUGGACUCCCUCGAGCCAAACCAAAGCUUGUUAGUGAACAGAGAAGGUGGAGUUAAUAAGAACAAGGUGAGGAGGAAAAGGCAGAGAGAGAAUAAUGCCAUUGUGGAGGUUCUGGAUGUGAUGCCAAUCAAGGAAUCUCCUGAUGGGGCAGACGUAAAUAAUAGCUCAUCAUCGAGCAAAAUGACCAUGGACCAUGUACAUACAGCGGUGGCACAGUUCUUGUAUGAUAUCGGAGCUCCUCUAAAUGCUGUGAACUCGGUUUAUUUUCAACCCAUGAUUGAUGCAAUUGCUUCUGUGGGACCCCAUGUCUCAGGGCCCAGCUAUCACCACCUAAAGGGCCCCAGCCUGAAGAGCAUUCUCGAGGAAGUGAAGGGUGAUUUCAGUAAGUAUGCUUCUGCUUGUGAGAAGACGGGAUGCUCCCUUAUGGUUGAGCAAUGGAGCACCAAAACGGGCGAAACAUUUUUGAGUUUUCUGAUUUAUUGUUCCGAAGGAACCUUUUUCUGGAAAUCUGUUGACGCAACAGACUACAUAAAUUCUUCAGAAAAUCUGGUGGAAGUGCUUAGGCAAGUGGUGGAAGAGGUUGAAGAGAAGGUUGGAGUAAAGAAUGUACUGCAAGUGAUCACUAAUGGCGGAGAGAAUUUCUCUGUUGCUGGGAAAAGGUUAAUGGAGAUGAUGCCGGCAAUGUACUGGGCUCCUUGUGCGACCGAGUGCAUAGAUUUAAUACUCAAGGACAUUGCUGAACUUGAGUGGAUAAGUUCGAUCCUUGAACAAGCCCAAUCUAUGACCCGGUUUAUCUAUAACAAUUCUGCAGUUUUGAAUUUUCUGAGACGGUACACCUUUGGCAAAGAUGUCAUAGAACCAGGACACAGCCAGUUUGCUACAAAUUUCAUGACACUGAAACGGAUGGUUGAUCAUAAGCACAACUUGCAGUCCAUGGUGACCUCACAGGAGUGGAUGGACUGCCCAUACUCAAAGAAUCCCGCAGGCCUAGAGAUGUUGGACUAUGUGAGUAGUCAAUCAUUCUGGGCAUCAUGCAUUCUCAUAACCAAUUUAACGAGCCCUCUGCUUCAGCUUAUGAGAAUUGUUGGUGGCGAGAAGAAGGCUGCAAUGGGAUAUGUCCAUGCGGCAAUGUAUCGGGCAAAAGAGGCGAUAAAGAAGGAGCUUAUGAAAAGGGAGGAAUACAUGAUCUACUGGGACAUAAUCGACCGUAGGUGGGACCGGCAUUGGCAUCUUCCUCUUCACAGUGCGGGUUUCUUCCUCAACCCGAAAUUCUUUUACAGCGUCGAAGGAGAUAUACCAGUUGAGAUCAUGUCGGGGACGUUUGAUUGCAUAGAGAGGUUUGUCUCUGAUUUCAAAGUUCAAGACAAGAUCAUGAAAGAGAUAAACUUGUAUAAAAGUAGCUCUGGAGACUUUGGUAGAAAGAUGGCUGUUAGAGCUCGAGACACUUUGCAUCCUGCUGAAUGGUGGUCGACAUAUGGAGGAGGCUGCCCGAAUUUGUCCCGUUUGGCAAUUCGGAUUCUGAGCCAAACUUGCUCCACCGUUGGAUGUAAGAAUCUCUGGAUCCCCUUUGACCAAAUCCACGAGACCAAGAACUGCCUAGAGCAGCAGCGGCUGAGCGACCUUGUCUUUGUUCAGUACAAUCUUCGUUUGAGGAAUAGGAAGAAUCCACAACAAUAUCCCCUGGAUCCAAUAGCUCCUGAGACAAGGAGAGUUGUUGAAGAUUGGGUGACAGGUAGGGGUAUAUACUUGCAGGAAAGUUUUGAUUGGGCCGCAGUUGAGCCACCCUCUGCUAGCUCGGAAUCUUUAGAAUCAGUAGCAGAUGAAACCGAAUAUUUGGGUACAGGUUUUGAUGAUUGUGAAAUUUUCACUAGAGCAAAGUAUGGGGAGGAGGAGAACAUUGGGGACACUGGACAGAAUCAGCUAUAGCGGAGAGUCUAAGAUUAUCCUGUAAAGACCAUGGCUAGUUCAUUCUUCGGUCCCUGUAGAUGGGGAGAUGUACUGACUUAGUGUAGAAAGGAUGGUGGAUAUAGAGUGAUUUGGCUUGGCAGAUCCGAUGUAGGGAAUUAGAUGUUUAUUCAAAUGGGAAGAAUCAUACAAUUCUUUUACAGGCCAUUUCUUGUCAAAACUUAUGGUUACUCUCACCAGGAGUUCCAUGUGAAGGUGCAAUUGACUUUUCGAUACUUAAAAUCUUCCA